AUGUCUGACUACGACUCCACCAACGGCGACGCGUCGCUCUCCCCGCGGAUGAACAGCUCUUCCCCCUCCCUCCAGCCUGCGGCCCAGCCUGAGCACCACCAGUCCGGCCUCUCCCCCAUCAUCCGCAAAAAGCUCAUGGGCUUUGUUGGGUUCGCCAACCUUCCCAACCAAGUCCACAGGAAGAGCGUGCGCAAGGGUUUCCAGUUCACCGCCAUGGUCGUCGGCGAGUCCGGUCUUGGCAAGUCCACCCUCAUCAACACCCUCUUCAACACGACGCUCUACCCGGCGAAGGUUCCUCUUCCCCCCAGCGCGGAGCGCCCCUCGACUGUCGCCAUUGAGAGCAUCAGUGCUGACAUUGAAGAGAACGGCGUCCGUCUCCGCCUCACUGUUGUCGAUACGCCUGGUUUUGGUGACUUCGUCAACAACGAUGAGUGCUGGAAGCCUAUCGUGGAGAACAUUGAGGCGCGUUUCGACUCGUACCUUGAGCAAGAGAACCGCGUCAACAGGCAAAAAAUUGUUGACAACCGCGUUCACGCCUGCCUGUACUUUAUUCAGCCCACUGGUCACUCGCUCAAGCCUAUUGACAUCGAGUUCAUGCGCCAGCUGCACACCAAAGUGAACCUGAUCCCGAUCAUUGCGAAGGCGGAUACCCUCACAGACGAGGAAAUUGCUGAUUUCAAAGCCAGGGUGUUGGCCGACAUUGAGCACCACAAGAUCCAGAUCUUUGAGGCGCCCACCUACGAGAACGAGGAUGAGGAGGCCGUCGCGGAGGCGAAGGAGAUCGCCAGCAAGAUUCCUUUCGCGGUUGUCGGCUCUGACCGCAUCGUCAAGACGCCAGACGGCCGUGAUGUUCGGGGCCGCGCUUACCCGUGGGGUGUCGUCGAGGUCGAUAACGAAGAUCACUGCGACUUUGUCAAACUCCGCCAGAUGCUCGUCCGAACAUACAUGGAGGAGCUUCGCGAGUACACGAAUGACGUCCUCUACGAGAACUGGCGUACCGAGAAGCUCAUCAACAUGGGUGUUGUGCAGGAUUCCACCGUUUUCAAGGAGGUUAACCCUGCUGUACGUAUCCAAGAGGAGCGCAUCAUGCACGAGGCCAAGCUCGCGAAAAUGGAGGCCGAGAUGAAGAUGGUGUUCCAGCAGAAGGUACAGGAGAAGGAGGCCAAGCUCAAGCAGUCCGAGGAGGAGCUCUACGCUCGUCAUCGUGAGAUGAAGGAGGCGCUUGAGAAGCAACGCCUCGAUCUUGAGGACAAGAAGAGGCGGAUUGAGAGUGGUCGUCCGCUGACACCUGAGAAGGGCGUAAGUACCCGGAAGAAGAACUUCCUUCGCGGCUAA